AUGAAGGUGUGGCGCCUCCACUUGUCCAUUCAUUUCUUCUUCCCCUCUCUGUCACUAGCUCUUCCACUCCUUAUUAUUUAUUUCCCUUCCUAUCUCUCUCUUCUCUCUCUCUCACACACUCUCUCUCUCUUUCUUUAUUUCUUUAUUUUUUUUCUUUCUCUCUGUUCUCUACUUUCUCUCCCUCUCUUUCUUUCUUUCUUUCUUUCUUUCUUUCUUUCUUUCUUUCUUUCUUUCAGUCUUUUUCUUUUUUUUCUUUCAUUUUACGUUCCUUCUUUCUUUCUUUCUUUCUUUCUUUCUUACUUUUCUUUCUUUCAUUCUCUUUCCUUUCUUUCUUUCUUUCUUUCUUUUAUUUCUUUCAUUCUCUUUCCUUUCUUUCUUUCUUUCGCUUUCUCUCUUUUCCUUUCUUUCUUUCAUUUUCCUUCAUUCUUUCUUUCUUUCUUUUCUUCUUUUAUUUCUUUCUUUCUUUCUUUCUUUCUUUCGCUUUCUCUCUUUUUCUUUUCUUUCUUUCAUUUUCCUUUCCUUCUUUCGUUCUUUCUUUCUUUUAUUUCUUUCUUCCUUUCUUUCUUUCGCUUUCUCUCGUUUUCUUUUCUUUCUUUCAUUUUACUUUCCUUCUUUCUUUCUUUCCUUCUUUCUUUUCUUAUUUUAUUUCUUUCAUUCUCUUUCCUUUCUUUCUGUCUCUUUCUUUCUUUCUUUCUUUCUUUCUUUCUUUCUUUCGCUUUCUCUCGUUUUCUUUUCUUUCUUUCCUUUUUCUGCUAUUUCUUUCACUCUUUCUCUCCCUCUUUCUCCCUUUCUCUCUCUUUCUUUAUUAUUCCUUUUCUCUCAUUAACUCACUCUUUCUUUCUCUCAUUCACUCUUUCUCUUUUUCUAUCUUUCCUUCUUUUUAUCUUUUUCUCCUUCUAUGUAUUUCUCUAUGUAUUGCUUUUAUCUUUCAUUAUUUAUCUCCCUCUCCCCCCUCUCCCCCCUCUCUCUCCCUCUCUUUCUCUCUCUCUCUCUUCAUUUUUUAUUCAUUCUUUCUUUUUUCUCUUUAUCUCUCUCCUUCUUUCUUUCUCUCUGCCCGUUUCUUUCUCCCCCUUUCUUUUUUUCUUUCGCUUUUCUCUUUUUCUUCUUUUCUUUCUUUCUGAUUUCUUUUCUUUUAUUCUUUUUUCUUUCUUUCUUUCUUUAUCUUUCUUUCUUUUUAGUUUUUUCUUCUUCUUCUAUUUCUCUCUUACUCUCCCCCUUUCUCGCUUUCUCACUCUCUCUCUAUUUUCCUCUUUCUCUCUCUUAACCCUUUCUCUCUUGCUCUUCCCUUUUCGUAUUCAUUCUUUCUUUCUCUCCUUCUCUUUCCCUUUUUCUCUUCCUCUCUUUCAUUUUCUCUCUCUCUCUUUCUUUUUCUUUUCUUUCUUUCACUCUCUACUUGUUUCUCUUUAUUUAUCGAUUUCUCUCUAUAUUUCUUUCUUUCUAUUUGUUUCUCUCUGUUUCUUUCUCUCUCUCCUUCUUCUCUUCUUUUUUUAA